AUGGGUGUAGUGCAAGGAAAACGUGUGAAACGAGGCGUGACCAAUGUGAAGUGCCAAGAAAAUGGAAGGUUCUACAGGAAUCCAAACCGCAACGAGGAGAAGAUGUGGACGACUGAGGAAUGCAGCAAGUACUACCUGUGUGUCGACGGGGACGUCUUCGAGUUCCGCUGUUCGCAGGCGCUGCUGUUCGACGUCAACCGGCAGCUGUGCGACAAACAACACAACGUGCACAACUGCGACUUGACUGCCGAGACCCUGGUACCAAAGCCACUGCUAGAAAAGGCUCCGUGCGCCAAUGAGACGCACUUGGGCUGCGCGAGCGGCGACUGCCUCCCUGCAGAGUACUUCUGCGACGGUUCCAUAGACUGCGACGACUCUUCUGACGAGGGUUGGUGCGAUGUACACUAUGACCCCAACACAGCGGACAAGUGUGACCCGGGCCUGUGCUCGCUGCCUGAAUGUUACUGUACCAAGAACGGCACCGACAUCCCUGGAAGCUUGGUGCCUAGUCAGACGCCUCAAAUGAUAACCUUGAGUUUCAACGGCGCCGUGAACCAUGAAAACUGGGACGCGUACAGCAAGCACCUCUUCAACUCUGAGAGGAGGAACCCCAACGGAUGCCCCAUCAAGGCUACCUUCUUCGUCUCCCAUUCCUACACCAACUACAGACAUGUGCAGAAGCUGUGGAAUGAUGGACACGAAAUUGCAGUUAAUUCUAUUACCCAUCGUGGUCCAGAGGAAUGGUGGUCUAGAAACGCAACCAUCGAAGACUGGUUCGAUGAAAUGGUCGGCCAGGCGAAUAUCAUCAACAGGUUUGCUGAAGUACGCAUGGAAGAUUUCAGAGGUCUACGAGUGCCAUAUCUGUCAGUGGGAUGGAACCGCCAGUUCCUGAUGAUGCAAGAGUUCGGAUUCGUGUACGACGCAACAGUGGUGGCUCCACGAAACGACCCGCCAUUCUGGCCUUACACCCUCGACUAUAAAAUGCCUCAUAAAUGCAAUGGUAACAACCAAUACUGCCCGACCCGAAGCUACGCUGGUAUCUGGGAGAUGGUCAUCAACCCGUUAGUCCACGGCGUCCACACAUGUGCCACCCUGGACUUCUGUCCAUCCACACUGAGCGGCGACGAUGUCUACAACAUACUGAUGAACAACUUUAAGAGGCACUACCUGAAGAACCGAGCGCCGUUCGGGAUCCACUUAGGAGCAACUUGGCUCAAGAACUAUGAAUACUUAGCUGCUUAUAAGAGAUUCGUAGACGAGUUGUUGCGACUACCAGACGUUUAUUUCGUCACAUACCGAGAAGUCAUAGACUGGAUCAAGAGACCGACGCCAGUGGUACAACUGAAGAAAUUCCAGCCAUGGCAAUGCAAGAACCGCAACUUUGACGAGUGUGAAAUAGCUUGCGUCAAGCCUAAAACCUGCAAACUAUCGUCGAAAGUUCUAGAACACGACAGAUAUAUGAUCACCUGUGGAACAUGUCCAAAGAGCUAUCCUUGGAUAAGAAAUGAAUUUGGUUUCGACUGA